GACGAAGACUUUGAGUACUUGGAAGAAGUGGCCAAGAAUACAGCGGCUGAGUUUGAGGAUGCAGAUGAAUCCGAAUUGGAACGACGAUUGACAGCGAUGGGUGUGGGUACAGAACCGGAGCAGUUGUACGAGGCGUUAAAUGACUCCGAAAAAGCUGCAUUUUCUAAACUGGUCGAUCAGAUGCAUUACAGUGAAUCUGGAUUUGGGGACUCUGUUUUUCGAUCGAAACGUUAA